AUGAAGUUAAAAUUAUCUCUUAUCAACAAACAUGUGCUUAAGGUUAAAGAAGAUUUGGAUUUUCGUGCCGAUCAAGGAUCUCAACUGAUCCAAAAAGCCGAGGUGAACCUGAUUUUCGGAAAAAUAGUUCCGAUUCUGAGUGUUCAUCAGGGCAUUGUCGUCCUGUUGAAGGAGUUAGUGGAGAAUAUGCAGGGUAGUGCGGAAGUACCACAGAUAGUCGAGAAUACGGAAACCGGUGCUGAACUCGCUCAGAUAUUUAUCGAUGCGUAUGAAGAACUAAGUCAGGCAUACCCCCCAUUUUUGAUAUACCACGAAGCGAUAAGAGGUUUGAUCGCGGCCGCUCAGGAAAGGAAUCCAGACUUUCGUGUAUACUUAAUGGAAAAAGAGCGUUCGGAAGAGUUCGGAAGGAAAACUUUUGACGAUCUAUUUAUACGACCGGUUCAACGUAUUCCACAAUUGCUGAAUCUUCUUGAAAGACUAGAAAAACACACGUCAGCUAUGAAUAAGCAAAAGGUCAAAGAGGCUAUUGGUUUGCUGGACAAAAUGCAAAAGAGAGCGUGUGAGGCUGCAACUCAGAACGACAACUUCAUCCAGGAACUGUCGUCUUACAACGAAGUGGAAGGGCUUCCGGUAAAUUUAAUUGUUUAA